AAUCAAACAACCGGAGUGUGCAUUGUGUCCGAGGUCGCUCCUGUUCUGAGUAAACUUUAUUUGAGCGUGGUAGAUGUGUACUCUAUUGCACUCUCUUGCGGCAAGAUUUAUAUCGGGCAGAGAGUGCGUUGUCUAAACGAUAGAUUAAAAGAACAAAAAUGUAAGAUUUCAGUAACAGGAGAACCACUCCUAAAAGCGUAUUGGAAUAGCUGCUAG